UGCAGUUUUCUUCACUGCUUGUGGCCAUCAAAGUGAUCCAAAAAGUGUCCAUGCGAUGCGCCGCACCGCUGCAGCACGCAUCCGCUAUGCCCUGCUGGACGUGGACGGUGUCUGCGUCAUGGGCCAAAGAGCGAUCCCGCAAUCUGCUGCGGCGCUGGCGCGGCUGAGAGCUUUGGUGCGAGGCCAUCGUCUCAUCACCAACCAGUCGCAGGAGCCAUGCUCCUCGGUCAUGCAGAAAUUGCAGCGCUGGCACUUUGAUGUGCGACCCGGCGAAGUCUUCAGCGCGCUGAGCGCCGCCAAGAGCCAUGUGGCCAUUCGGAAGCUGCGGCCGCUCUGUUUGUUGACGAAGGCGGCCAUGGAGGAGUUUGAGGAUGUGGCCAUGGAAAGACCCAAUGCAGUGGUGAUCGGCACGGCGCCGGCUGAGAUGCACUACAAGCGCUUAACUGAAGCCAUGAGGGUGCUUAUGGAUGAGGACAGCGAACUGAUUGCGGUGAACAAGGGCCGGUAUUUCAAAGAGAACGGCGAGUUCCAACUGAUGGCCGGACCCUUUGUGGCUGCCCUGGAGUAUGCCACAGGUAAAUCUGCGAGGGUAGUUGGCAAACCGAGUCCCGACUUCUUCCGGGCCGUAGCACAUGAUGCUGCUGGCCCUGAUGUUUUGCCGGAGCAGGUGGUGAUGAUAGGAGACGAUGUGCGCGAUGAUAUCCAGGGCGCCAUGGACGUGGGGAUGCGCGCCAUCUUGGUCAAAACAGGGAAGUAUCGUCCUGGAGACGAGGAGAUCUGCACACCAGCCCCGCUAGCCGUGGUGGAUUGUUUAGCCGAUGCAGUGACCUAUCUGGAAGAGAGCGGCGUGGUGACCGAAUGACUUCGGCAAAAUGAUGGGUUUAUGGAGGGUUCUGCCCAUUAGUGAACCGACAAAGCUGGCAAGUUUAGCACGUGCAAACUUGAUAUCACUACCUAAACCUUUCAGAGCCAGACAGGUUGGUGCCACCAGAAGCCAGUCCCAUUUUUUUGGACCAAAUUUUCCUGUCUCCCACUUACGGUGGUGUUGGUUCCCGUGCUUACUCUUGGAAUCUCUUCCAAGAGUCAGCUGCUAAGCGGGAUGGCAUCCAUCUCAGCCACAUCUUCCGGGAUGGAUGCCUUAGGUUGAAGGUGAUGGAAUGCCAUGUGGCGGCCAUGAAAUGUGGCGGCCAUGUGCCAUCAAGAAAAUUUCCUGCCGCACGAAGUGCUGGCGGUGCCAGAGGUGAAUGAGACCAUAGGCAAAAACGCGAAAAUCGCAGACCUAAAUGGGAUCCCCAGAUGGAAAA